AUGAAGACAACAGAUGCAAAUAUUAAUACUCCAGGCAUCGAUAAAAAUGGGAAGAGCGAAAACACUACUCUCCUUAGGACAAAGCAAAUGCUUUGUGUAACGUUUUGUGACUUCAAAGAGAAAAAAUUUGAUCCUUUACGACCUUCCAUUAUUGGAAAAAUGAUCUCUGAAAUCAACGGUCUAAAAGAAAAGUUGUCCGCUAAUACUUCCAAGAUUGUUAUGCUAUCAAUGUUUCAGCGAUGCUUAUCUGAGCUGCCAAUUUUCUUAUUCAUGUUUGAAACACAAUAG